AUGUCCUCCAACAAACUCGACCUGCACGGCAAGACCUGGACUGAAGCCCUCACCGAGUUUCGCGAUUUUUAUAACUCUGCCGCCCGGGCCCACCCCGGCGGGGGAGUGCAACUGGAGGUGGUUCACGGUUACGGCUCCACGGGCCAGGGAGGCAGGCUGCUUACCAGCCUGCGCAACUACCUGGAACGGCAAGCCCAUGCCGGACUCCUCUCCUUCCGUACCGGUGAAGCCGUCGACGGCAACCCCGGCCACACCUUGGUGACCACCCUCAGGGUCCUGCCCGCCGCUGGCGACGACCUGGCCGACAACAUCUGGGAAUACUGCGCGCGCCCCCAAUCUCACAAGAAGGUAAUGAACCGCUUCCGCCGCUACGGCGACCCUAAAGUACAGCAGGCCAUUCGAGAGUUGCAGGGGCAAAGACGGCUGCGCGCGGUAAACGUGGGCCGGGAAAAGGGCUACGAGGCGGUAUAG